UAGAUAUGUUCAUGUCUUUUUAAUUCCUUAGCCGUUUGAUGUUUGCUUGUUUUAGCAUUUUCUUUCUCAAGUAAAACGAUAAUACCAAAAAGACAGAGAGUAUAAUUUGAAUCUCCCUUUGCUUAUUUUGCAUUUUCUUUGGCGAUGAUCUUCGGGGACUACGUUGUUUAGUUUAGGUUUAUUUUCUGCAAUCAUCUCUUAAAAUUGUGCUACCUAGCUUUAGUCGAGCAUAGUAGUCGUCGCCUAGUCCCUGUGGGGAACAUGACACUCGUAGUUCGGGUGAAAUAUCUCGCUGUACUUUCAAUUGAUCAUUUUGGCGCCGUUGCCGGGGACUAGCGUCGAGCAAUUGUGUUAGGCUAUAGACUAGGUUUUUCUUCUUUUUCUAGUUUGUGCCAUAUAUUUGUGAUAUAUCUCUAACCACCAACCCCUUUUCUAGCUAGUAUCUUUUUGUUUUCUUUUCCUUUUGCAGGUUAGAGCUAUCAACUCGGUUAUGGCAUAUUAUUCAGAUUGUCUCGGAGAUGCGAGGAACACUACAAACAGCACGGAAACUAUUCAAGAACUGAUAAGUAAGAUUUCCCAUCGAUUAGAUGAUUUAGCUCGGCAGCGAGAAGUAGUUUUUGAGGAUAGGCCUAGCUCUUAUGAUCCUUAUUCUAGAGGUCAUCCUUAUGUUGCUCCUACAUGCCAUAUUUGUGGAUUUCAGGGCCAUUCACCUGCUGAAUGUCAGCGUGGUUACUCUCACUCUCCCGAUUGUUAUGGCAUGAGCUUCGCCCCACAGCCUAGCUCAUACCAAAACAAUUACUCAUAUGGGUGGCCUGAGAACCAGAAUAUGUCAUAUAGGAGCAACAACCCUGAGAUCUCACUGUUUGCUUCUAGUAAUUAUAUGCAGGGAUUUAGGUACAAUGAGGAGAGCCACAACUAUGCUCCACACCAGAUUUAUUCAGCUCCUACUCAUAUACCUCAACACCAGGAGAUGUUGCCAAUGGAGUUAAAUGGUCCUCCAUUUGGUCAACCAUCAACUCCAGCAACCGCCGAGCAAUCUCAUGUGCAAGUGCCCACACAAGAUAAAUUUGAUGAUAUAGACAACCUCACAUUGCUUAGUCUUGAGUUCACUUGGAGUGCCAAGGAUGAUCCUAUUAGGAAGGUUAUACUAGAGGAAAUGAAGAAGAUCAAGAGUGGAAAAGAGCUAGUUGAAGAAGUAAGGAAGAUUGAGAAGAACAUCAACGCUGGCAGCACUAUUUCUUCACAGCUUGAGAUGAGUGUUCCUGGGAUUCCCCUUGAUACAUGUGAGGUUCCAACACCUUCAUAUCCUGCCAAGGAAGAUAGCAAGUGCCUUGAGGAAGAGAUAUCUUAGAUUGAAGAAGAUGAACUAGAAGACAAGGAACAAGAUGACCAAGAGCUUGAAUGCCCAAGUGAUCAAGACGAAGAUCCGUUGCCUAUCACUCCUGAAGAAGUAAAAGAAGCUCUUGUAGUUGAAGAUGAAGAACCAGAAAUUCAUUUUCCCAUCGUCAUACAAGAGUGUGAUAUAGCAGGUUUAUCUAAUCCUCUCGAUGACAUGCGUCCAUAUGAAUUUUUUGCUACUACCUUGCAUUGCAUGAUGUUAUCUGUUAAAGUAGAUUUGAAGAAGUGUUUGCUUGGAUAUGAUGAUACAUAUACUGUUGGUGGCAUUGCUCAUAUUAAUGAUGAUCACACUUAUUUUCCUCAUGCCAAAUCUAUGCUUAAUGAUAAAUAUCAUCCUCAUGUUAGUAUUGAGCUUGCUGAUUCCUAUCAUACUCGUCAUGUUCUUUAUAGCUAUGCUUAUGUAAUUGGGUACUCUAUUGAUGAUUUAGAGGGCAUUACCCCUUUCACUUGUAUGGUCUCUUUUGUCGAGUGCUCUUUCAGGUUUUUGCUACUGCACCAUUCACUACAGGGUGAUCAGGUUCGAGGUGACAUUCCUUGGGACCCCGGUGGAUUUAGAGCAUGGUGAAGAGGAGAAUUAAUGGGCACAUACAAGGAAGAGAAAAGCUGGAGCGUGCACGAGGAUAGAGAGCAUGAGGAUAGAGAAGCAAAAGGAGAGGAGUCACGAUGCAAGAGGAUGUGAGAUGAUCGAGUGAGUUCUACUUCAUAAAGCCUGAAAUGUGCGCAAAGGCACUAUAACUGUCAAGAUUCCGUCUAGGUGGCUAUCGAGAAGAGUGAAGAAAAGAAGAGAAGGAAGAAGAGACUUGUGUGAGAUGAAAAGAAGUUACCAGGGGGCUAGCUAAAGAAGUGGGAGGACCUUCUUGUGAAGAAAGAAGAGAGGGAGGAGGGCUAAUGUGUAAAGUUUUCAGAUCAGGGAGGGGAUCAAAAUCCCUAGAUCGCCUCCAUUCGCCAUCGAGCCUGGCACACAUCUCUCUCCCUCACCCCUCCUUCUCCACCUCUGGCCGCCGCCGCGACCAGGCUGGCGUGGUGGCGUGCCAUCAGCACCACCGCGCCACCAGCACCACCCAUACAUCUCCAUCCAUCUGCGCCUCCCAGCCACCUACCCUUCCCUCCAUCUACAGCGCCGCUAGAACCCAUCCACCAUCACCUCCAACCGGCGUGCCCGACCAGACACAUAGCCGACAGUGUCUGGACUUCUGUGUGGCUCUCACCUCUCUCUAAUUCCCAUGCUGCUGUCCUCUAAAUCUUUUCCCUGAUGCUCCUUCUCCUUGCGCCUCCCUGCUGAAACCCUCCUCUGCUCGAAACUGCUGCUGCUCCGCUGCUUCUCUGAACCUGUUGCUGAUCCCCAUGCCACUGCUGCUCUUCUUCUCUUCCCUUACCUCUGCUGCUGCUCUUGCUUCUUCUUCUUCCCCACGAAUCUGCUGCUUCUUCCUCAACAGGACCUGCUGCUGCUUCUUCUUGCGCCCCUUAUUGCUCCUCCUCCUCUGAAUCCCCUACUGCUGCUGCUCGUCUCCAACUGAACCUGCUGUUCUCUUUAUCCCUCUCUGUAAUUCAUGGAAAUUGUAAUGUAUUAAGUAUUUUGUCUAGUUCAGAGACCUAUACUUGUCUAGUAGUAUUAUUCAAUAUAUGUGCCUUGUUUAUCAAUUAGUGUUUUUGUAAGAACUAAGAUUACUAGUUAAUUUUUGUGCUGUUUGUGUGCUCUGUCAAGUGAGAAGUUUGAACCUCUUUAAUUCUUAGUCCAUGUGUUAGCUAUGUACAUGUGGAUAUAUAUGUUUGUUAUGUGAAGUACUUGAUCUGUCAUAUCUUGCUUAGUGAAAUAGUAAUCUUCAUAUAUGUGUGUGGUGCCCUGUGAUAUAUACAUAUGUGUGUGUCUGUGAUGUGAUACAUUUAUGUUCUAUCCUACAACCUUGUUUCUUC